AUGACACUUUUUAGGAAACGAAGUGUUAAAGGGGACCCGCAAAUGGAGUACCAAUGCACUAUCCGAUUUCUGGACGAUUCGGAACCCAUUCAGUUAUCUUUUAAGAAGGAUACUUUGGGACACGUUCUGUUUGAACAAGUAUGCAACAAGUUAAACCUGAUGGAGAAGGAUUACUUUGGUCUGAGAUAUGUGGACUCAGAAAAACAGAGACACUGGCUGGACCCCCUGAAAUCUGUCUACAAACAAUUGAAAGGUGUCAACCCCACUGUUCUUUGCUUCCGAGUCAAAUUCUACCCUGCUGAUCCCAUGAAAUUACGAGAAGAAAUUACAAGGUACUACCUGUUUCUUCAGUUGCGGAGAGAUCUGCAUCAUGGCCGACUUCUGUGUUCACCAGCUGAUGCCAAUCUGUUGGCAGCCUACAUCAUACAGUCGGAGGUGGGCGACUAUGAGGCAGAGGACCAUCCCCCAGGCUAUGUGACAGAGUUCAAAAUGUUACCCAAACAGAACCCAAAGACCGAGGAACAAAUCAUGGAACUCCACAAAACCCUCAAUGGCCAGGUUCCAGCGGAGGCUGAAGCUAACUUCCUGAAGAAGGCUGCGUCCUUAGAUACAUAUGGUGUUGACCCUCAUCAGGUCAAGGACCAUAAGGGGACACAAUUUUACCUGGGUGUUACACACCAAGGCAUCAUGACUUUCUACGGUAGUCGACGCACACAGCUCUACAAAUGGAAUCAGAUUCGCAGGAUAGCCUACGAGGGCAAGAUGUUCAUCGUCCAUGUGAAUAUUGCUGAGGAUGAAGAUACAGCUAAUACCAAGAAGGCCCAGACACUGGAUUCUUACCUUUGUACCAACGCAGGCAACAUGGACGAAGACAAGCAGCAACCAAUCGGCUACAAGUGCCAGACGGUAGGGGCGUGUAAAUACCUAUGGCGGUGUGCUGUGGAACAGCAGUUGUUCUUCACGUUACCUAACUCGGACAACCCGCCCAAGCUGAGGUCAGGAGGAUCUCUGUUUUCACGAGGGUCAAAGUUCAGGUUCAGCGGAAAGUGUCAGAAUGAAGCAUAUAGCAACAGUGACGGAAUUAACAGGAACGAGCCGAGCUUCUCCAGGUCAUCAUCACUGCCCAACUUUGGCAGGAAGAGUGAUAGCAAGGCUUCUCUGAAGAAUUCUUCAGUUCUUAAUGAUACUGUGAAGGAAGUUCAACCUCUGCCAAUUCUUGAGCUGAAACCAGAUAAGAAACACUUUAAGGAAUCUGCUGUAGAUGUGGAAGGACUGGAUACCUCUACCAAUAUGGAGACACUACCAACCAGUCCAAUCGUCAAGGCCCCUGUUGCUGUGGAAGAGGACGUGACUAUUGCAGACACUAUUGAGGUAGUACAAGCAGUGGAACAGCAGUCCCCGGUCAAAGUCAAUGGCAUGAUUCCAUCACAAGCAAGCUCAGAGUCUGCGGACAACAAGCUGCCUGAUUACGAACCAAAUUUUACCCUGAUUGAGGACGAGAUUAUUGUGGAUAGAAAAGACGAAGAUGAGAUUGACGAGAAAGUGGAAGAAGAUUCUGCUCCGAAGAUAAGUCUCGAUGAACAGAUCAAAUCCCUGGAGGAAGAAAUCUUAAAAAAGGAUAGUUUCUCAAAGACCAACAACCAUGUUGAAGCUGAAUCGUCUGGACCUGUCAUCACAGAGACUGUUGAGCCACAGACGAAAAACAUGGUUGGAUCUGCACCACUUGCUAGUAAUGCUGUCGACACGUCAUCAACCAAUCACACUCAAGCCACAACAGACAGCCCUGUUGUCCUGAAGAAAUCAGGCCCAUCCUGUUGUGCUGUGUUCAUGUCUACACUAGUGUUUAUCAUGCUGACUCUGGCCGUGGUCGCCAUAGUGAUCUACAACUCCAAUAUCAACCAUCCUAUCGCCAAACAGUUGAAGCAGCAGAUGAAGUUUGUUGAACCAGUAAGAGAUUACAUCACACACCAAGUGCAAUCCAUAUUUAAAUCGUAAACUCCUCAUCUGUACAUAGGAACACAGAGGAGCACAUUUACAUGACAAACAUGUAACCUACACUGAGAUUUCUCUGGCGACAUUAAGGUGAUAUCAAGGUAUCUCAAAAAUUUAUAUUCUUAUCAGAUUUGAGACAAAAACAGCAGUAAUUUGCAUAUCUUUCUGCAAGUCUGUGUAGUUUUCCUAGCGGGAGAAUUCAUUUCUUUUAUCAUCAAAUUCUCAAUUCUCGUUAAAUUAAAAAGAUGUUCAAAUUUAUGAAUAUCGUGAAAUAGAACUGUGUGGUGACGUGAGAACUUUUAAAUCCUUCCUUACCUUGUAAUUUUUAUUCCAUAUUGCUGAUUUUGAUUAACUUAGAUAUUUUACAGCAGUGUAGAGCCUGAGGAAGUCUCAGUGUUAUGUAUAAUGGCCAAGGGUAAUAGGCUUUUUAUAUACUUUGGUGUAAGGGAGUUUUUUUUUCUUCAUUUUGAUGAAAUAAGGUGUAGUUUGUAGAUGAUGUCACUGGUUGGAGAUUAUUAAAGGAUUGACUGGAUGGACAUUUUAUUGAUAAUGUUUUAAAAAGCAGGAGUUUCACUGCUAAUGUAAAUCAGAUUUUUGUCCUAAUCAGGGAAGUAGCAUUGUCAAUUAUUUUAAUUUUUGAACAAAGAAUAUGUCAAAAUUAUGUACAUGAUCUAUCUGGCAUCUGAUUAUUUUUUUUCUUAUGCUAAGAAAUGAAUUCAAU